CAGGCGGGCCCAGGGCAGGAGCUGCCUGAGCUUGCUCACUGCCUGCAGCGUGGCCACCAUGAGCACCUGCCAGCUGUGCCUGCUGCUGCUGCUGGGCCUGGGGCUGGGCGCCCAGGAGGCGCUGCCCCCGCCUUGUGACAGCCCGGUGUACUGCCACGGGGAGCUGCUGCACCAGGUGCAGAUGGCCAAGCUCUACCCGGACGACAAGCAGUUCGUGGACAUGCCGAUGGCCUCCCACCCAGACCAGGUGCUGCAGGCCUUCCGCAGCCUGGCCAGCGCCCACAACCACAGCGUGCCCCGGCCGCAGCUGCAGGCCUUCGUCCAGAAGCACUUCUGGCCCGUGGGGCUGGAGAUGCAGCCCUGGGUCCCCGAGGACUGGACGGACAGCCCGCGGUUCCUGGAGAAGAUUGCGGACGCCAGGCUGCGCUCCUGGGCCGGGCAGCUGCACCAGCUCUGGAAGAAGCUGGGAAAGAAGAUGAAGAUUGACGUCCUCCGGGAGCCCGAGCGCUUCUCUCUCAUCUACCAGCGGCGCCCCUUCAUGGUGCCCGGCGGGCGCUUCCGCGAGUUCUACUACUGGGACUCCUACUGGGUGCUGGAGGGGCUGCUGGUGUCGGAGAUGGCGGGCACGGCCAAGGGCAUGCUGCAGAACUUCCUGGACCUGGUGUGGACCUACGGGCACGUUCCCAACGGGCCCCGCGUGUACUACCUGCAGCGCAGCCAGCCGCCGCUCCUGGCGCUCAUGAUGGCCCGCUACGUGGCGCACACCAACGACACCGCCUUCCUCCGGGACAACAUCAGGGCCCUGGCCAUGGAGCUGGACUUCUGGGCCGAGAAGAGGAACGUCUCUGUGAGCGUGGGGGGGAGGAGCUACGUCCUGAAUCGCUACCACGUCCCUUACGGGGGUCCCAGACCAGAGUCCUACAGCAAGGACGCAGAGCUGGCGGCCGCGGUGCCCGAAGGCGCCCGGGAGGCUCUGUGGGCUGAGCUCAAGGCGGGGGCCGAGUCGGGCUGGGACUUCUCUUCCCGCUGGCUCGUUGGAGGCCCGGACCCCAGCUCGCUCAGCAGCAUCCGGACCAGCAAGCUGGUGCCUGUGGACCUCAACGCGUUCCUGUGCCAGGCAGAGGGGCUGAUGAGCAGCUUCUACGCCCUCCUGGGGAAUGAGCCUGAAGCCACAAGGUACAGAAAUCUGCAGGCCCGGCGCCUGGCCGCCAUCCAGGCUGUCCUGUGGGACGAGGAGAAAGGGGCCUGGUUUGACUAUGACCUUGAACAUGAAAAGAAGAACCACGAGUUUUACCCGACCAACCUGACUCCUCUCUGGGCCGGCUGCUUCUCUGACCCCGCCCUGGCGGACCGGGCCCUGAAGUACCUGGAGGACAGCGAGAUCCUCACCUACCAGCACGGGAUCCCGACCUCGCUCCGGAAGACGGGCCAGCAGUGGGACUUCCCCAACGCCUGGGCGCCCCUGCAGGACCUGGUCAUCAGAGGUCUGGCCAGGUCUCCUUCACCUAAGACCCAGGAGGUGGCUUUCCAGCUGGCGCAGAAUUGGAUCCAAACCAACUUCCAUGUCUACUCCCAGAAGUCAGCCAUGUUCGAGAAGUAUGACAUCAGCAGUGGUGCACAGCCGGGUGGCGGAGGGGAGUACGAAGUCCAGGAGGGCUUCGGCUGGACCAACGGACUGGCCCUGAUGCUCCUGGACCGCUAUGGCGACCAGCUGCGCUCCGCGGCCCCGCCGGCGCCCCUGCAGCCCCGCUGCCUUGCAGCUGCCCUUGUGCUCAGCCUCCUGCUGCGGUGACGGCCCUUCCCGCCGCGCAGCGCCCCCUCGGCCUCAUUAAACGUGUGCAGGCAGCCUGCCCCGCGCCGCGUGCUCUGUCCGGGACCCUGCGUCCUGGCCAGCCUCCGUCAGAGGCGGCAGGGAGGGCUCCGGACGUCGCCAGGGGGAUACCCCGCUUUGUGGGGAAGAACUAGCCCUCCCAUCCGGGAACCUCAGCCCAGGGCCCCACACAACUCAGCCUCCCGAAUCCGCCCAAACGCUUUAUUGUUCUGAGAUGCUUACAAAUACUGAGAACCGCCCGGCGCUGGAGGGGGGCGGGCUAAUGUUAAGGCGGAGGACGGCAGCCAGGCCCCGAGGCCCUGUCCUCUGCUCCACGGCACCCCCUCGGAGGUGGGGCUCCAGGGUCCCCCUCCCCGGAGCUCCUCCCGGCUCGGGGAGCAGCCCUCUGUCCUGUCAGGGAGCCCCGCACAGACCCCGAGGAAGGCCUCCUCCUCCCUCCUCCCCGGGACCUAGAUACCCUGACUUCAUCCCCUCUGGCUCGAAGCAAGGCACCAGUGGACGGGGCUGGCCGGGGCCAGCGGCUGUGGCCAGGGCCUGGGCAGGCUGGGGCGGGAGGUGUGAGGUCCCAUUUCCCCAAGGGCCUGGGCUGGAGAGAUGAUGGCUCGUACCCUGAUGGGCCCACAGCUUAAGCAGUGGGCGGAGCCACACAGCCACAGCAAUAGCGUGUAACCAUGGCAAUGAAAGGUUACCAUGGUGACCAUGGUGAUGGGUCCGC